UGUUCAUCACACUUUUCAAAGCGUAUGUGAAAAGCUUGGCAGCACAAAUAUUGAUUUGGAAAUUGAACAUUCUUGUACAUGUUUGAAUAUAUUAAAUCUGAACUAUAGCCAGAAUAUAUUUUCCUUCUUUAAGAGUUAUAUGUUUAAGAGGGAUUCGAGCAAAGGUUUGUAGUAUUAUACCUUAACAGUGGGGGCCAUGCAGACCCCACACCUCUCCCCAAACACAAUUGAUUCCUUUAAGGACACGUCAAGGCUGAGAUAUUUAUGCAUUAUUGCAAUACACAAUCGGUAUUUAAAUUGUGUUUCCAAUAAUGUACUCAUUUGAUAGAUCCUCAAUAUCUGUGUGAAAAUAAGGGAUGUGCUUUGUAUGAUUGCAACACUUUGAGUUGCUCUAGUUAGUGACAAAUGACUGAAACAAUAGGAAUUCUUACGUGAUUUGGAUAGACAAAACGACAGUAAGUGUACACAGUAUGCGUCAGGGUUUAAUUCACAUUCUUCGCAUGUAGUACGUUAUUCUCGUAACAAGAUGGAAGUAAAAGAAUACCUGCAUGUAUUUCCCACAUGGGAAAUAUUUCCACGUGCACAUUACUUUAAGAAUCGCUAUGUGGAUUUACAUUUACGAUUUAACAAAGUUAUGAGUGCUCUUCCGAAAAGAUUUCACCGUAAAAACUUGAUGUCCCAGUUAGAUAUCUUAAGUCGGUGCCUUCGAAGCUUCUUUCAGGUCACUGUUAUUGGAAUGGAAGACAUGGCUGCUGGGCAGUUUAUUGUCUCAACUGAAGCACUGGAGAAACACACCGACCUGCCUGGUCCUGUCAAUGAAGGAAUUCACAUAUGUAUAUGUCAUGCAAAAAUAAGAGAUCUCGGAGAAUUAGGAAAACAGGAUAUUGGCGUCAUAGUUGACUCUGUAUCUACAGGUUUUCUUCAGAGAUGUACAAAUUUAUCCAACAUAUUUAUUUUUUGUGAAACAAAAAAUAACGAAUUUAACGAGAAUAAUGCAGAAAAGUUUCGCACAGAUCUUCUUCUCACACUGCCGAAACUGAACGAACAUUGCCAUUAUCCAUUAGAAAUUUUGAUUGGACCGAAAGAGGGAAAUCUUCCGUCGUCAGUAUCUAAUGCAAUUGAGAAACAAAUCAUAGAUGGAUUCCGCGACGCAUUUAUGUUUCUACAGACAUUCGUAAGGAAAGACUGUGUUUCGUAUCAAGAAAAUGUAGAUAUUUUAGAAAGUGACAUAGUUGUCGGUACCAUUAAAGGGUUUUUUCGAAAUGGCGAUAGUUUAGUUGACUCGAAAGCAGUUUCUGAACAUAUCUCAUUUUUUGAUAUGAUUAUUCAAACUCUGUGCCAUCAAACCAUGUGUGCUGCAGUUUCUCCAAUGGCAGCAAAACACAACAUUCCGGAAUGGGUAUGUCACGGAUUGCUAGAGGAAAUCAAUUUCGAAAAGGAACUCCAGAAGUCCAUGUCGAAAAACACAAUCCAUCAUCUGAAAGAUUUUGAAAAAUACACACAAAACCUUGUGAUCCAAAGAGCUGAAGGCAAAGCUGUUGAAGGAUCCAGUCAAAAAAAAUGUUUAAGCUUUGAUUUCAUCUAUUAUAAGCUUAAGGAAGACUUGUCUGAAGCAGUGACGUCAGCAGAAAAGAAACUUGCCGCUAUGAACAGGAUAACGAUAGUUAUGAGGAAAAUGGUUUUUGAGGUCAAAGGCUAUCUAAAGCAGACAGUCGUUACCAUUGAGAUUCCUGAAACUGGCCAGAGAGAACUAGCACUUGAAGAUAUUACAGAUAAAAUGCGGGAAGAUAUUAUGGGCACUAAGGUCGUGUAUGGCAUGGGUACUCUAUAUGGGCAACUAGAGAUUCAUUUAAAGAUGGGCCUGGAUGAAGCGACCCUCACAGACGCAAAAGACAAUAUUAACCAAAUUAUGAAGACACAUCAAUUUUCUCACUCCUUUACCAUCAAAACUGUCGAUAAAGCUCCGCAAAUAUUGGCACGAGAUUUUUAUGAGCAAGGCGAUAAAAUAUUUAGUCCGUUUCCUGACAAUGAUGAACAAAUUCGAGAAGGAACCUUAGGCUGCUUUAUCAAAAGUACUGACGGUGUUACUUAUGGUGUUACGUGUGCCCAUGUUGUUGAUCCACACGAGAAUAACGAGCACAAAGUUUACAUUCGUUCGCCAGAUUGUCUGUUUGCAAUCAGCAAUCCGAGUAUGCUAGUUUACGGUAGAGACAAAGAUCAAUAUUUGACAGACUUCGCAGCAAUUAAGGUUGUACCUGAAAAACUAAACAUGUGUAGUUUCUACUUUAAAGAUGAGUCCGGUAAUAACAAAAAAGUCAGGUUAUCCAAUGAAUCAUCCAGUGAACUAGUUGGCAGUUAUGUGUUUAAGUAUGGAGCUUCAACUGGGUGUACUAACGGUAUUAUAGCGUCAAACAGUUAUAUAUUUGACAGUCAAUCCUCAACUGAACACCUUGUUAUUGUUGAACCAUUGCCUGUCACUUCGGACGAAGAAUGUAACAUUCUUACCAACGGAGGUAGCGAUUCACUGCCAAGUACUCAGGGAGAGCUGCCCAUCGCCCCUGCUGAAGGUGCCCAGACUGGCAUUGAAGAACCAGACAUAGUUGAUUUGUUAUAUAUCACACCAAAGGGUACUGGAAUUAGUUCGAACAUCAACCCUAGAAAAGGCGGAGCUGACUUUUCAGAUGAAAAUACGACAGAAAUGGACGAGUUGUCCGCUGGCUUUGAGAUUCAAGAUAUCAUACAUAGACCCAUGACGGAAGGUUUUCCUGACAAUGUGUCCGGUUUUAUUAGAAAUCCAAACGAGAGCUUUAGCGGUGCUCGCAGUGAUAUAACUGAUGACCCAAACGUAUUCGCCACACAAGGUGAUAGUGGAUCAAUUGUUUGUAAGAGAGACUUAAUCAGUAACGAUAUUGUAGCAGUAUCUAUGAUAACAGCUGGAGAUUUCAAAAUCUAUGAACCUUUAAACUCUGGAUCUGAAAGCGAGAAAUGUCUGUCAGUUAGGGUUGACAUAAUGCUUGAUAAACUUAAAGAAAGUUGUGGCACAGACUUUGUACUUUGUCGUGAAAUGUCAAACUAAUAAGGCAAAUGUUUAAGGUAUUAGACAUUAUUGCAUCAACAUAUAAUAAUUUCGUUUUCUAUGUAUGACCUCUUUAUAGAAAUGUCAUCUAGCAGCGUAAAGGUGAAAAGCGACAUACUUGUAUUUGAAGGAACACAAGUAUCUCUAUAUUGUACAUUCAAAUCAUAUUUCAUUGUGUUCAUUGUGUCAUUCAUUACUGUUAAGUUAAAAAUUAUUCUAGUAGCGCCUUCCUUGUAGAACUUACCCGUCUCUGAUAUUUUAGUUUGUUUUACUCCCAGCGUGUCCAACUAUAUUUGCUUGUAAUAAAUAAAUUAACCAAAUGGCGUUACAGAUACUCAUGUUUUAUACAGAGGUAUGUUUCCAGGCAAAUGUUUUGAUGUUAGCGACCUUACCCAUCCGGCAACAAACAUCUACCAAAGCACCAAGACAGACUCAGCAACAUGGUCAAACUAACUGCGAGCGACUUCUACAAAUAUGUGAUCAGCGGUCUACAUUAUAACCAAUUUAGGGAUGACAACGCUGUUGUAAAUUAGUUUAUCAAAAUUACUUUUGUUAUGGAGCAGGUGUUUGUGAUAUUAUAACAUGAUACAUGUGCCAAAUUUGACAAUUAAGUCUUUAAGAUUAAAAGUUGUGUUUAGUU